AGCGGACAUAUUGGAUUUAAAGGGACUUGGGAAAAGUUGUUAACUGGUGUAAUUCUGUCAUUGAUUAAUUGUAAUAAUAACGAUAUUGAAUAAGCGCGGUGUUUAAUAAACUGGGAGAUACAUGGCUGAUAUAACCUCUACACAAAAGCAAUUACUAUGAUGCACCUUUACUGUCGCAGUGCUGUCACGGUGCGAGCCGGCGAUGAGCAGCAGCCUUCGGGCAGCAGUAGGCGAGGCUAAGCUGCUUCAUUACGAAGGUCUCAAGAAGGUCUGAUCAGCUGUGUGGAGCCCAAACGGUGUCUGUGCCGGCUUCCUGUCGCCGACGGAGGAGUCCGAUCGUGUGGUGCGAUUGACGGCCCAUUCGGGAACAUGUCCGUGAUGGUUUACCCACGGGAAGAAAAGCUGGAGAAGCUCUCGCAGGAGGAGAUCAUCUCCAGCACCAAGCAGGUGAUCCAGGGCCUGGAGACGCUGAAGAACGAGCACAACACCAUCCUGCACAGCCUGCUGGAGGCGAUCACCAGCCUGAAGAAGGAGGAGGAGACCAAUGUGGUGCAAGAGAAGUCCAGCCUGCUGCACAAGUCGGUGGAGAUGAUCGAACUGGGGUUGGAGGAGGCACAGGUGAUGACAGCGCUGUCGGGCCACCUGAACGCAGUGGAGUCCGAGAAGCAGAAGCUGCGGGCACAGGUACGGCGCCUCUGCCAGGAGAACCAGUGGCUACGCGACGAGCUGGCCGCGAGCCAGCAGAAGCUGCAGCACAGCGAGCAGAGCGUGGUCCAGCUGGAGGAGGAGAUGAAGCACCUGGAGUUCAUGAGCCAGCUCAGGAAGUACGAUGAGGACGCCUCCCCCUUGGAAGAAAAGGAAGGUGAACCUCAUAAAGACUGCCUGGAUGAUCUCUUUCCCAAUGAAGCAGAGGAGCACGUGCAUCCAACACAGCAUCAGCACAGCAGCAGCACAGCGGCAGUGGCGGCGGCCCAGCGGGGUGGUUAUGAGAUCCCGGCCCGCCUGCGCACCCUCCACAACCUGGUGAUCCAGUACGCCUCGCAGGGCCGCUACGAGGUGGCCGUGCCCCUGUGCAAGCAGGCGCUGGAGGACCUGGAGAAGACCUCCGGCCACGACCACCCCGACGUGGCCACCAUGCUCAACAUCCUGGCGCUGGUCUACAGGGACCAAAACAAGUACAAGGAGGCCGCCCAUCUGCUAUAUGAUGCCUUAUCUAUCCGUGAGAAGACUCUGGGCAAAGACCACCCAGCAGUGGCUGCAACACUGAACAACCUGGCUGUGCUGUAUGGGAAGAGGGGCAAGUACAAGGAGGCUGAGCCUCUCUGCAAGAGGGCGCUGGAGAUCCGAGAGAAGGUGCUGGGGAAGGAUCAUCCAGAUGUGGCCAAACAAUUGAACAACCUGGCUUUGUUAUGUCAAAACCAAGGCAAGUAUGGGGAGGUUGAGUACUACUAUCGCCGAGCCUUGGAAAUCUACGAGCGCAGACUCGGUCCAGAUGACCCCAAUGUGGCCAAGACCAAGAACAACCUGGCAUCCUGUUUCCUGAAACAGGGAAAGUACAGGGAGGCUGAGGUCCUAUACAAGGAGAUUCUCACCCGUGCACAUGAGAAGGAGGCUGAUGGUAAGCAGGGCGGCUGGAAAGUAUAGGCCCAAAGCAUAUGUUGGAUGAAAAUGGAUUACUCCGCAGGUACAGUACAUCUUUACAGGUUCUGUAGGAUGGUGCGUCCCAACCCAGUGUGUCAGGAGUGUCCUAAGACUGGGUUGAGAAAUACAGAUAUAGACGGUCUUCUCAGACCACCCCUACAAACGACUGUGACAAUCCUCAUGGACAUUCCUACAAACUCUUUACUUUGUGAUAAUUGAUAAUGUCCUGCAAAUGAAAUUUGAUUAGUGCUGGCCAAAAACCUAAGCUGAAUCAGCGAUGGAGUAUGUGACUUCGUACACUAAUAAAGAUGGGGAAACACACCCCAAGCUGCCUGUGCCCCCCCCCCCCCCAAUUGUGUGGGCUUUCUGCAUAUGUUACUGAUGCCCCCCCCCCCCAACAAGAUGAACUAUAUCUUUUUAAGAUGGAAACUUGUUCUACAGAUGAUGAAAAUAACUGACGCUAAUCUACAGCUGUGAGUUAUUGUGUACGUAUCAAAAGAGUCUGAAGAAACUCUUAAAAUGACAAUUUUUAAUGACAUGCUUAGUCAUUUUUGAGCAAAAUAUUUCAUUGAAUUCUAUUUUAAUAUAAUACUGCAUUUGGAGAUCAAAGCUUUCAGUUACCAUCAUGGUGUCUUUCUGUGGUUCAUUAAAUUUCCUGAUGGGUUUGUAUUUAUUCCCUGGUAGCUUGUAAGAAUGAAUAAAUAAAUACAAUUUAAAGUGUUCCAAGGUUCUCUUUCUUUUUGCAUUAAAGUCUGCCUUAUACUUUUACCGUAACUAAAAUGUGUUGACUGUCAUAAAUAUGGAGACAUUUGUAUGACACCAUGGUUUCAAGUGUGCUAUUUGGAUGACACUGAAUAAAGCAUUUUAAGCAUUGA